UAACAAAACUCAUUAAACAAAUUAUGAAUGCUCAAACACCCAAAUAAGAAAGUAUAAUCGUGGAACAUACACCCCUCGAUAUUCUUCUCUCACUCUCUCUCUCUCUCUCUCUCUAUAUAUAUGCUUAUCUAUCUCAGAAACUUCUGAACCUUUGUCCACUAUUGUGUUUCUUUUCCUUGAGAGUUGAGACCUCUCGAUGUCCAUUUUUGAGGGCUCUUGUACAGCUUCAUCCUUGGAAAGUUCCUCAUCAUCCAAUACUAGUACUGCUAGUCCGAGUAUUCAAAUGGUUUCAAAAUCGGUUUCUGAAAGGCUGCUAGGGAAGUUCUUUGAUGCAUCACAGUAUGACUUUGAUUAUGAGCAGAGUGGUUUGUGGUCUCCUCCAAUACAACGUAGGGCAUUCUUGGACUCACCAGGUAAAAUAUGCUCCCAAGAUGUCAUAUUCUCUAAACUUAAAAGAGCAAACAAAGCAUGGAACUGGAGACGCAUAUUUUGUUUCAACAUUGCCUUUUGGUGCUCUUAAAGACAAUGUUGGUGCCACCCUCACAAUGAUAUAUAUAUCCCAUCCACAAAGCCCCUUCUUUUCUCUAUACAUAUAUAUUAAUAUAAUCCCUCACAAUGUUGUGUAAAGCGCUAGAGAUACGCAUUCCAGCAAUCAACAAGUCGAGCUUGUCCAAAAAAGAAAAAAAAAAAUUUUACCGAUCAGUCAAAUUUCUAAGAGGUUUAAGUGAAAAUAGAACCUCUGAAUAUGUGUGAAUUUUUAUUUAUUUAUUUAUUUUUACAGCUACAUGUAUACAUAUAUGUAUUUUUAGUUUGAGUGGCUACAUGUAUUCAUAGAGAUCCUAAUUAUGUUAUAAUAUACUUGAAUCUUUUGUGCU